AUGUCACAAAUACAGCAUAGUCCUCAAUCUGCAUCUGCAAGAUCACAACGUCAAAGUCGAAGAAGACGAAGUAGAAGCAGACGAAGACAUCGAAGCAGAAAUCGUGUACGCUUGCGCGAUCUCACACACAAUGACCUAGUUAAGUUAGCUCGAGCUGCUCGAGAACGGGAAGGAUAUGAGGAAUUCUGUGAUACAAUUAGAUGUCAUGGUCUAUCCAUAAAUGGCCUUAUACGAGCAAAGAAUCGUCAGAGCAAAUACUUGAUGUACAAGGGCUCAUUACUGUAUAUGCAGACGGCAUGUGUUAUGCUUGUAUGUUUCAUGGCUGCUAUAGUUUCUCGUUAUAUCAAAGAAGAUGACCAGUCAUGGUUUUAUUGUACACAAACUACCAUCGAGGCUGUACUGCUCGCUAUUACUUUCUUAGUAAUUCUGUUUGAAAGCUUCGUUAUUCGAAUUCUAAUGGUGCUGCUUUUUCUGACCGCUCUUUUUCUAAAUCUUCUCACAAUAGCGUUCUACAUGUUAUUCGACGCUCAAGCCGUUGCUUGCAUGGACAUGGAAGAAAUUUUUGGAUCCAUAGCUUGCUACUGGCUACGCCUACCUACCCAAUACCAUACCGUCUACUGUUCUUUGCUCCUCGCUUUACUUCAUUUCUUAGCUUUUAUAGCAUCUCUGUUGUUGAAUCAUUACUACGAUGGAUCCAUAGUACAUCUUGUCGAAAUCGCUAAACAGCUAGGAUAUAAGCCGUGUUAUACAUACAAAAAAGAAGCCUGCGAAUCUCGACGAAGUCGUAGAAGACGAAGUGAAGGCAGACGCUUCGGAACCAAUGUGGACGUCAAACAGCUCCCGGUUGGCACGGUAAUCACCACGGAAAGGAGCACAUCCUACAAAUGGAAGGGUAAUGUACAACCUGGUGGUGUGGUGAUCGGUUCAGGCAUGGAAUCGAUGACAGAUUCUGUUACUCUUCAAGCUCCUACUAAAGAAGCUGUAAAGCGCGAUUCCAAGUUCACUCGAUAUGUGAUGGUAGAUGCUGUCAGAGCCAAAUUGAAACGUGGCGGUAGGGUGGUACCGGCGAGGAAGAGGGUCUCGAUAGAUCGACAAGCCUUGGAAAAGAAAAAGAGCCGUCGAAAGACAUCAGCGAGCAAAGAACUACAACAAGGAGAGUUACCAACAAGACCAGGCGGCAGCACAUCUAACAUAGCAAACGAAUCUGAACUCGAAACAAUCACUUUCAACAGCCUUUUAGAGAUGGAUCCAAACUCUCCGCGCUCCUAUAUAAGUGAUAAAUCGCAGAGGAAGACGAAGAGCAGGAAGAGAAAGAAGUAGCCAGUUCCCCCUAUUCCUUAGAACUGAUGUCACCGCGAUAGUCUUUUUUCAAAAUGGGCUGCUCUCUUUGCCUUCUGUUUAACUUGCAUUUGUGUUGCCAUGUAAGAUGUCGAGAACAAAAGCUUUUGAGUUACAGCAUCGCAGAUUAUUUGAAGUUUUGCCAUGGUUAUUUCUCUUUUCUGCAGCAUACAUAGACAAUGUAGGUGUAAUCGCAUUCACAUAUUGAAACACUAAAUAUGUAUAAAAUGUGUCAUUUA